AUGCUAGUUCUCAUCCUUACCAUUGUCAAUUAUGUCUCUACCGAGCACGAAGACAAAUUGCAGAGAGGAUGGUGGACCUAUGUUCUGAUCCUGUCCGGAUAUACAGUCCCUUUCCUGCUCUAUGUCGGCUUGGUAGAAGGCAUCCUCCUGAAAAUCACACGCCAUUGCCACGGUCUCCUGAUCAUCCUGCGCAUUGGUGCUGAAGCGGCGGCCUCUUUCUUCUGGUAUUUUGGCUUCAUCGGCCUCAUCAUGAUGAGCUCGAAUCUUGACACCGAAACGGACAAGACUCGUGAUGGUGUAUCAAGCGCCAAUGGUUUUGCCACCUUCUGCGGCUUCGUCAACUGGGCCUCAUUUGGCUAUCUGACAUACAUUUACUGGCAGGGGUGGAAGAACGCUCGUCGCAGUUAUUCUCCCCCAAUUCGUGAUCCAACACCGCCGCCCACGACUGACGUUGAAUCCCAGAAGGGGAGAACGAGGGAGACAUUCGAAAUUGCGGGUAUGAAGCUCAAAGUUGUCCAACACCCCCAUGAGCCGGCUCCUGUGCAUCUAGGCCAUGGCUAG